GGGUUCAGUGCAAAUAACUCUGUGUUAUAUAGCUUUCGGUGUCUGGUUUUGCCUGCCAACUCCCAGUUCUGGAAAUAUUUAUUAUUCGGCAGAUCAGCUAAUCACUGCUCGAAUGGGUCAAAUGGAAUCUAAGAUGAUGACUCGACUUGAGGAGCUCAUGAAUGCUAUGGAAAAGAAAAUUGAGCAAAAGUUAGGACAACAAUUGAUGGCUCAGCAGAAUAAAUUCGUUGGCAAAUUUGAUCAACUUAAUGAUAAAAUCACUGAACUGAGAAAAGACGUCGCACAUAACUCUGGCGCCUAUUUCGAGUCCUGCCGAACGGUUCCGUCCGAGUUUAGCAACGUGUUCAUGAUACGCCCGGCGGGCGUUGAUACGCAACCAUUCAUGGCCUAUUGUGAGCAGGAUUUUCUCGGCGGGGGUUGGAUCGUGUUUCACAAACGCUUCGAUGGAAGUGUUAAUUUCACCCGCGAUUGGGACGAGUAUCGGGAAGGAUUUGGAGAUCCACUUGGGGAGCAUUGGAUGGGACUGGAUAAGAUUCACAAAAUCACUCGUUCUGCGAAUUUUGAACUCUUGGUGGUGUUGAAGGAUUUCGAUGGUAUGGGGAAAAUCGCUCUGUAUGAUGGGUUUUCCGUGGACGGGGAAGGAGCGAAGUAUAAACUUAGGUUGGGACGUUUCAUUCAUGGCAAUGCAGAAGAUUCUUUGUCAGCUAGUAACGGAACAAAGUUUUCAACGGCCGAGCAGGAUAACGACGAACACUCAGAUUCAUGUGCUAGGUUUUAUAAGAGUGGUUGGUGGUUUAAGAGCUGCAUGAACGCGAAUCUAAAUGGGAUCUACCAGCGGUAUGACGCUAACAACGCGACGAUGAACUGGUUUGGUUUUCGUAAGGAUUUGCAAGGACUGAAAGAAGCCUCUAUGAUGAUCCGCGAAAAAGUUGGAUUUUAAUUCGAAUAAUUCGAUAAUUCCAAGGAAACCCAGAUAGAAUAAUUUAAUUAUGCAUACAAACCUUUCAAGAUAAUAGUGAAUAUCCAUGACUGACAGCAAGUAAAAUCCUAGUAGUAUGGAAUGAACGAGCGAGCCUCAGUUCUGCGUCACACACAAGUUAGACAAUGACGUCACCACUAUUCCUUAGCUACGUAGUAAAAGCGGAACCAACACAAUUCACCUGACAAUUAUUCUUCCAUCCUUUGUAAUAUGGAGCACUUGAUUCACUGAACGAAUGAAAAAUAGCUUGUAAUACAAAUAUAUUACUUCAAUU